AACUUCUGACGUAAUGCGAGGUCUUCAGAAGUGAUGUCAGUAACCACUACCGGGUCAAAAAGACUGUAAACAAAACAGAAAGGAAAUAAGUUUUCUGAUUUUGUAGUAGUCUAUUUCUUUGAGAAAUUAAAAUUUGAAGUCUAUUUGUGCUUUUUAAAUGGCCGUUGGUGGUUAAGUGGUAUACUGUUCCGUUUCUGGCUUUACAGCACGAAACUGAAAUGGACGAUAGUAAGGUUGUAGGGGGCAAAGCAAAGAAGCCUGGAAAGCGUGGACGUAAACCAGCAAAAAUUGAUUUAAAGGCAAAGCUUGAAAGAAGUCGACAGAGUGCUAGAGAAUGUAGAGCAAGAAAAAAACUGCGUUAUCAAUACCUGGAGGAGCUAGUAUCGACCAGAGAGAGAGCAAUUUGUGCACUAAGAGAAGAGCUGGAAAUGUAUAAACAGUGGUGUAUAGCAAUGGACCAGGGAAAAAUUCCUUCAGAAAUAAAGGCACUUUUAACAGGUGAAGAACCAAAAGUACAACAGAACACAAACAAGCAAGCUAAACCUCCUAAAACAGAACUUAACAGCAAUAGUUGCUGAAAAUGGUCUUCAAGCAGAAAAUAAAGGACAUUUCUCCAUUUCUUCCUUUUGAAGCAAGCAGACUUCAUAAAUCUUGACCAUGCACAUGCAGUUGCUCAUCAGACUGUGAACGAACUUGUAAAUAGAAGAAAAAAUAUUUAUUUGUGUGGACCAAACUGACAUUAGACUGUACAUUAGGGAAAACGUAAUUGCUGCAGCUUUGUAGUUAGAAAUGGGUUUCUUCGCCGUAAGUGAUUAUAUUAGUUUUGGUCAGGUAAAUAUUUACAGAUAGGCCUUGCUCCAUCCGUCUAAGAUGCAUUGACCUUAUAAGUAACCUUAAGUUCCUUACCCUUGUAUUUAUUAAGCUGUUUCUGCUAGUUACACUUAGAUAAAGCUUGGAUGAAGCGUCUCAUUUAUUGCUGAUUGAUUAGAACUGAUGCAAGUAAUGUGAUUUUUGGCAAUCACCUUGCAGAUGUAUACAUGUUUCAAGGGUUUGCAGAUGACAAAAAUGUGGAGCGGCUGCCAAGAAGAGAAGUGCUUGUAGAUGCUACAUGCAAUACUUUCUUGGCCUUUUUGGAACAGUUUCAGAGAGCUCACCUCAAGCUGUCAGCUCCUAGAUUAAGUUCUCAUACUGUGGAAUUAAAGUGGGAAUUUUGAAUGAUACAGGUCACAGUGAACAUUGGUGAGCUGGCAGCUCAGAACACUGUGUUUGAAAUGGGUUGAAGUAUAUUUUACAGCUUUGAAGUAUUUUCCCAAAAUAAUCAUGUUCUAAACCUUUUGCUGUUUGUAUUUUUUGGUUAUCUGUUUCAACAAAAUUAAUAUUGCUUAUUGAACUGAUAUUUCAUGACUCUUUUCCACUAGCUGCUUCUCUGAAAGCAGGUGUAUGAAAGCUGCUACUUUCACACACGCACUCAUUUUUAGUCAGUCUACUGUGCAAGGGUCUUUAAACCCAUUUUAGCAUAAUGUUCUUAAGGAUAAUUUUGUAGAGGAAGGUGGCAGAUUUUGUAGACUGGAGUUAGUUGCAGUACUUUGACAAGGUCAUUUUCAUCAAGCAUUUUGAUAGUGGAAUAGUAUUCAGAGUCCAACUUCAGUACGUUUUAUAUACUUUUAUUACGUGAUAAUGAAAACUGAAUAGAGUCCAGUGUUUUCUUGGAAGUAUUUUUAUUUAUUUUUAAACAGUGUUAUGUGCUAAAGCGGUUUGUGCCAUA